CAGAAUUCUUUGCUGCUGAUGUGUGAGGGAGCAGCCUGUGCUGGGCGUCGUGUCCCUCCUGUGCCACAGACAAUCCUCUCCCUUAAAGGUUCCCAGCCUGGACGUGGAACAUGUAAUGUAGGAAUUCUUCCUGCUGCUUACUCGCCAUAUUGCAGGAUAUAGAGGAACCCAGGAGAUCCUCAUCGGAGUUGGGUUUCCAGACAUACAAACACUCCUUCUGAUGGCGUCCAAACUUUUGCGAGCUGUCAUUCUAGGACCACCGGGAUCUGGCAAAGGGACCGUGUGCCAGAGAAUCGCCAAGAACUUCGGGCUGCAGCAUCUGUCCAGCGGUGAUUUCUUGAGACAGAACAUCCGAUCCAACACCGAGGCCGGAGUAUUAGCCAAGCAGUAUAUGGAACAAGGUCUUCCCGUCCCUGAUAAGCUCAUCACUCGUGUCAUGCUUUCGGAGUUGGAGAAGAGGACGACGCACAGCUGGCUGCUAGACGGUUUUCCCAGGACCCUGGUGCAGGCAGAGGCUCUUGAUAAGAUGAGUGACCUGGACCUGGUAAUCACGUUAAACAUCCCAUUUGAGACCCUAAAGGAUCGUCUGAACACACGGUGGGUCCACCUGCCCAGCGGGAGAGUCUACAAUCUGGAAUUUAACCCUCCUCAAGCGCACGGCAUUGAUGACGUCACCGGGGAGCCACUUGUCCAGCAGGAGGAUGAUAAGCCCGACGCAGUGGUGACCAGACUGCGCCAAUACAAAGAUGUUGCCAAACCGGUGAUAGAGCGAUACAAGGGUAAAGGAAUUCUUCACUCAUUCUCAGGAACCGAGACAAACAAAAUCUGGCCGUACAUCUACACACUCAUGAGCACCAGAACUACCCCGGUGCACCCCGAGGACACCAGCCAAGCCUUCCGCCCUGAGGACUCAUAGACACCCCGCUUAUUUAUUGUCUGUGUGCAGUAUCCAUGUGGUGCUAUGUCCUCACUGUAGAUGAGUCGUUUAUGCUGUUUUGUUACAUUUUCUUCUCUUACAGGAGCUUUAAACAAUUACGUCUAGAAAUACAAUGUUUUCUAAAUGUGUUCAUUCUUUCCCAGAGCAUCAACCAAUGAACUCUCCACUGCACUUAUCUGGAUAAUUUUGAACAUUAUCUAUAUGACAUAUCAGAUGACUGGCCUUGUGACCUUUAUGAUAUUAUUCUGUAUUUUUGUGAGGGAAAAAUAAUCUAUAUAUAUGUCAAAGGAUUUUUUGUAAUACUAUUAGAUGUAAAGCAUAAUAACAGUAGACUAUGGGCCCGAUGCAUUAAAAAUGUAUGAGAGGCAGAAGUGACCUUGUUGUCCAUGAGAACCAAUCAGAACUCAGCUUUCAUUUUGGAAACCUGCAUAGGGGCGGGGGAACAUGGAUUCUGAUUGGUUGCUAUGAGCCACAACCAAGACACAUGAGGCCUAUAGUGCCUAUACAAACCGAAGACAGUCAGAGAUUACAUAGCACCCUGGGCAGAUUUAUCAGUGCUGAUGCAGGGCAUAACCCCCAUCAUUUGAAUCUUCAUUUUCAGGGCAUUUUUAAAUUACGCCUUCAGAAAUGCUAAUAUUAGGGCACAUUAUCAUAAACUCUUCCCCUCUUUAAUGUCAGUUUUGCAGGACAAUCCCACAAAAAACAGGAGUGUUGGGAAAUAUAAAGGAGGGGCAUAGUUGUUAAGAAUCCCAAAUUUGCAGGGAUUGUACAGAAUUUUGGCUUGGUG